AUGCUGGAAGUAAGCAACAUUGAGCCAAUUACGGGUGUUCGCAGGGCAUAUUUCGAAGACCUCCGAAAGAACAACGUUCCUCAAUUCCUAUUUCGCACUUGGAGCAGCAAAAGCGGUGGAGGACCAGAACACGCAACUAACAGUGUCAAGGAGAUCAUUCCGCACGGCUUCAUGGAGAGAGCCUCUGGAAGCGGAUUCUACGAGAAGGCAGAAAGCGAGCUUUACAAAAUGGUGGCAAUGCACUUCAGCAACGAUAAUAGCCCUUGGUUCAGCUCCGAGUUUAGCUCAUGGACCGGCUCACUUCAUCUAGCGCUCUAUUAUGCUAGAUCUAUAGACGAACAACACGACCCCCACGUAGCCGUCAUCGACACACGGCAGCUGGAUGAAGAGGUCCUCGUGUGGCACGUUCCGCACCUAUAUUACGAGGGUGGGCUUCAUGAGUACAUGGCACACGGCCCCAUCAGAGGCAUUGGAUACAAGGCAGUAUCGUACAAGGCCUUGAUGUCAUCCGGCCUGGCAAAUGUCUUUCCCGAAUUAGGGCAAGAUGAUAUAUCUAAAUUCGGCUUCAACUUACGAAACCAGAUGUUCAACGGGCCUCCAAAUCCUUUCCCAGAAGACGAGAUGGAAAACUCUGACGAGAUCAAGCAGAUACGAAAGAUCGCUGAUCUUUACGACCAUCUUUCACUACCGGUAGCGACUGGCUUGAUAUGUCUGAGGCCGAGACCGUGGAUACGUUCGCAGCCCGAGGGCAGGGCCGCAUUGGAACAGGCCGCGAAGCUGUUCGCGGGCGCGGAGCUGCCCAGCGAUUUUGAAAGGGGGAAUUGGCUUCGCGAAGGAGUGGUACUGACUGAGUCUCACAUGGAUUCAAUGACCUUUCCUGACGUGCGACAGUAG